AUGUUCGACAUCACCGCCCAACCCAAUCGCUCGGUUACGCCGGCUGCAUCCGUCCCAAUGGAUUGUUCGACAGCAGCUGGAUUUCCGAUCAUGUCGGCGAUGCCAGAUCAACGUGUGUUGGACGAGUUGGACGCUGUCUCGUCUCGGCGGGAAGAUGUUGGUCCUGAUUCUUUGCGUGGCUCCGACCCGCGACUGAUUGCUGUCCAUCAUCAUAUGCGCGAUCCCGCGCCGGGAUUUCUUGCACUUCCGCUCGACGCGCAGUCUCCGCGAUUCACUACUGUCGGCGUUUUGCCAAUCAAUGACGCUGAUCCAGUUACAACGCUGGUCGCUCUCGAUGCGCUGCGUUCGGGACCGCCCCGGCUCGAUGCCGGUCAAGUUGACUCGACUGCUGUCGCCACGGCAAGCCUCAGCGACAUCGGACCCGCAAUAACGCCAGCAUCUACCGCGCUCUCCGCUCCGCUCUGGGGCGACGCCGGUCAAGGUGCCGAGUCAAGCGCUGAUGCCGCGGCGGGUGUCGGCCCCAUCUUGCCCGUUCAACAGCAGAGCUUGGACGAUGCCGGCUUCAUCGGUCCCGUCCAACCGCACCAAUCGACCCUCGGCGAAGAGGGGCUGGUUCCUGGAGAUCUCGUUGAAGACGAGGCUGCGCUUGCUUCGCAAGACAUCGGUGUACUCAAUGCGCGCGCCAACUAUGCUCUGGACCGACUUUACCGCUGCUACGAAUACGUCAGAGCCUGCGUCGCAACGUCUGAAAACGUCAUGCGCGUAGCCGCGCGCGAUGGCUAUACGGCGUAUCUGGACAGCUCUAACGAGGGCGAUGCGAUCUUCAGCACCGCCAGUGGCCGCCUGCACGAUCGCAAUCAGGAUGUCAUGACCAUGGUACACUUGCUGGCGGCUCGGCAGGGGGACGCCUUGACGACGUUGAGGGAUGCGGCUAUCGCCCGCCGGCUGGCGGAUCGCGCAAACGAUAAUGGAGCUCCGAUUGCGCCACACAACGAAGAUGAAGAUGCCGGGAAUGGGGGUGCGUAA